AUGGCCUCCUCCCCCAGCUCCCCAACAAUCCUCCUCUUCCUCCUCCUCUCCGCCGCCACCUUGUUUAGCCUCCUAACCACUCCCGCCUCCGCCACCAACCGCCUGAACGCCGGCCAGUCGCUUGGACCCGGACAAUCACUCACACAAGGCCCCUACUUAUUCAUCAUGCAGCCAGACUGUAACCUUGUUCUUUACGAUAACAUCAAAGCCGUCUGGGCCACGGGGACCAACGGAAGGGCCUUCAGCUGUGUUCUCAAGAUGCAGACCGAUGGAAAUCUCGUAAUAUAUAGUGGCAGCAGAGUGAUUUGGGCGAGCAAUACCAAUCGCCAAAUUGGGAAUUAUUAUCUCCUCCUCCAGAGAGAUCGCAACGUCGUCAUAUACGAUAGCGCUAACAAUGCUAUUUGGGCGACUGGAACCAACGUUGGCAAUGCUGCUGUUGUCAUCAUCCCGCAUAGCAACGGCACGGCGGCGGCGUCCGGCGCGGCGCAGAACAAGAUGAAGGAGCUGCAUCCUUGAAGAAUAACAUUAAUACAGAGACGAUGAAAGAAGAAUUAUUAGUAUAUAUUUUGAAUAAAAAGGCAUUGGCUCCUGCGAUGCUAUU